AUGGCACCCUCUCGUACUCGGUCGCCCUCUCGUCGAUGUGGAGAAUCUGUUGGAUCGAUACCCAGACCUCAUCCCAUGUUUCCGAAUGGUGUUCGCCGAUCAGCACGCUUGGUCAACGCUGUCAACGAGAGUCGCCGCCAUCGACAACUACGUGCCGAAACCCUACAGAAAAUCUAUUCGCAGCAGACCUUCAUGGGUCCCAUUCUGCACAAGAUGAACUUCGAAACGCUGAUGUCGUUCGCGGCCACGAGUCGAUUGGCAACCGCCAUGGUGCAAGGCGAGAUCAAGGCUCGUUUACAGCGCAGGUUGGAGAAGUUCAUACAUCGAAAGGAUUUCGCGCGGUUCAUGGAAGAAUUGGAACGCCACGAAGGGGCGAUAGUGGGAUCGACUGCCUAUUCCUUGUUCGCGUACGGAAUACCCUGGUCGGACUCAUUCUAUCGUCGCCACAUGGUUCCGUACAACGAAGUGCAACCAAGGGAUUUGAAUGUUGUCGUCCCCGGCGAACAAGCUGUACCGUUCAUCAAAGCUUUGGAAGGCUUUGGUUAUCGGGUUCGAGGGACAGAUAUCCCCAGAGAGCCAUACUUUGGCUGGGCGAUGCUCAUGGCGACCAUGGUACAUUCGGAGUCAAGGGCCGAGAUCACUGUCACCUACAGCCGAAGCAACGUAACGGCGGUUGUCUUAAGCUCAACGAACACGUAUCAAAUGAACAUGAUCACCGCGUCGCGAUUGUAUUGCUGGUGGCCCGAGUUAGCGUACCGCAAUGAAGGUUUCCAGGUUGACAAUCGCAAUCGACGCAUGAUGCCUUGGAACCAGAACCCCAUGGUGGACGUGUUCGUCAACAACAGUCAUUGGUUGAACCCUUGCGGUAUGAAGUGCUUGGCCAUUUCCCGUGUUACUGCCAACGAUCAUAGGAUUGGUGUUUUCCAUUACAAAGGCACGGGGUGGACGGAUGAUGUGGUGAUCGCGGAUAGGGAUUUGGACCCUCUUCUGCAAGAUCGAGCCUUAUGUCUGCGCGUCCGAGCAGAAUGUCGCAAUUUCUAUUGCUCCGGUUGGCGACCUUUUCACAAAAGGGUAUGGUAG